CUCUUUCUGUAAGUACUCCAUCUCUGUCGGACGUCGCCUCGGCAAUCGCUUGCUGCGUCUCGUCGCCGCAGAACUGAUACGCGCUCGCGGUAAAAUGCUUCAUUCUAAACUCCAUUCAAACUGUAUCCGUUAAUUGUAUUUUUCGUUCUGUUGGUGUUUUGGAAAAUGUAUAAGAUAAUUGGGGAUUAUGAUGCGGAAACGUCUGCGAGACCCCAGUCGAGUGGCUCCAGCUCACGCUCAGUACAUUUUGCGGAUGAUAAUCAAGAACAAGACACGGACGACAGAGACUUUGUAGAUAGUGGUAUAUCACAAGUUAAAUAUGACGAGCCACCGUUUGCCGAGGUGGAGGAACUGCUGGGAACCUCACCCUCACCGCGGCCUUGCACCCUCGUUUGGCGAGAUCUCGCUGUUCACGUCAAACUCAAAGACGGGAAGUUAAAGCGUUUGGUCAACAAUGUCAGCGGUAUCGCGAAACCUGGUACACUAGUCGCCCUCAUGGGUCCAAGCGGAGCUGGCAAAACUACAUUAAUGUCUGCAUUAGCUCAUCGAAGUCCAGACGAGACAGUUGUGGACGGCGAGAUAAUGAUGAACGGGCUACCUGUUGACGAGUUCAUGCACAAGGAGAGCGGAUACAUGCAUCAAGACGAGCUCUUCGUUGAAAACCUCACAGUCAUAGAGCAUCUUACAAUCAUGGCCCGUCUCCGCAUGGAUCGUCGAACCUCGGCUUUAGCACGAAAAAGAAGAGUUAACCAGUUAUUGAGGCAAUUGUCGUUGUAUGGUGCGAGAAAUACCAGGCUCGGGGGCCUUGACGGCUUGAAGACGCUCUCAGGAGGCGAAAGGAAACGACUUGCCUUUGCGACUGAGCUCCUAACCGAUCCAGGUUUGCUGUUUUGUGAUGAGCCUACAACGGGGUUAGAUUCUUCAUCUGCACAGAAGUUAAUGUCCUUGCUUCGUGCCAGCGCCGUUCAAGGGAAGACCGUUAUAUGUACUAUACAUCAACCUUCAUCCGAACUAAUGGCAUUGUUUGAUAAACUCGUGCUACUCGCUGAAGGAAGAGUGGCAUUUGCUGGAAAUGCGUCGGGAGCACUCUAUUUCUUUGAGAGCCUAGGUUACCAUUGCCCUAUCACGUACAACCCGACUGAUUACUUCAUUAAAAUUUUGGCCUUAACUCCUGGUUCUGAACGAGCAUCCAGGCAAGCGAUUAAAAGUAUAUGCGACAGGUUCGCAGUUAGUGAUGCCGCUAAAGAAUUGGAUAUGGAAAUACAGUUGGAAUUUCAUAUAAUGGAUAGUGAGGAUGAGGAAACGAAAAGAUUGAAGUGCUACGACUUUAAGUCUCCUCACCUUCAUACGAAAAUGAUUUGGCUCGUCUAUAGAUAUUUAAUAAUAAUAUUACGGGAUCCUAAAGUGCAGCUUCUACGAAUAUUACAAAAGUUGGCCAUAGCUUUUGCAGCAGGAGUUUGUUUCCUCGGAACAGCUCGCUUUACACAGAGCGGUAUCCAAGACGUCCAGGGAGCUUUGUUCAUAAUAAUCGCAGAAAACACCUUCAUACCGAUGUACUCAGUACUGCACAUGUUCCCUGAAGAGUUCCCCAUGUUGCACAGAGAGCUGAAAGCAGGGUUGUAUACAACGCCAGUUUAUUACUUGUCGAGAAUGCUGGCUUUGUUUCCUGGGUUGAUUCUGGAGCCAACAUUGUUCACUCUGGUUGUGUACUGGAUAGCGGGUCUGCGAGGAACGUUACAUGCCUUUGGAUUCACCGUCUUUUUAUCUAUUCUCGUCCUCAAUGUGGCUAUUGCUUGUGGAUCAUUUUUCUCAUGCGCGUUUGGAUCGAUGCCGGUGGCGAUGGCGUAUCUCGUGCCUUUCGAUUACUCACUCAUGAUCACUUCUGGACUAUUUAUUAAGCUGAGCACAAUACCGAAAUACAUAUCCUGGAUACGAUAUUUGUCGUGGCCAAUGUACUCCAACGAGGCCAUGAGCAUAUUACAGUGGGACGGAAUUCAGAAUAUCACAUGUGCAGAAGUGAGUCAGAGCCCUUGCCUCAGUACCGGUGAAGAAGUGCUAAUAGAGUAUGACUUUAAGCUUGCCAACUUCUGGGGAGACAUAAUUGCUCUCAUCAUCUUAUACCUAUGCUUCCACAUCCUCGCCCUCGCCGCACUGAAGUACCGUACCAGACGGAAAUAGUUCAAUUGAAUAAAAAUAUAUAAUUAAAUUGUUUUGACUAAAAAUGAAUACCUAUAUUGUUUCUGUUGUUUAUUUUUUUUUCAUAUCUCAAUUUAUUAUGUAAUAAAUCUAUUUGAAAAUU